AUGUCCAAUCUCACCCCAUCAUUUGCUGAGCAAACUCGAGCCCUCGUGGCCCAAUUUCGUCAGCGGGCAGCAGCUAUAUCCGCUCCGCUGCCUACAUUGCAGUCGAUGGUUGCAAAGUUGCUGAAGACCACCCUAGAGGCACAGCCCAUCGUUAUCGGAGAGAUGACCUAUACGGUGGAGCUGUUCCGGAUCAGCAUCAAGCACUUGAUGUUCCCUUUGUUUCUGCACGUUGGCGGUGGCGGCGGCGCGCUCAUCUUCAUUUGUGCCAUUAGCAUAACACGGAUUGACAAGUAUCUUGAUGUGCUGGGCUCAAUAAAAAUGGAAGUGCAACGGCUUUCGCCUCAAAUGCAAUCUUCAGUUGUGCCUCUCGUCGGGCGUUUCGGCCGGUUUGUGGAUGAUCUGAAUGACCAGAAAUGUCGAACGCAAGGCGACGUUCUCCGCCGCAAUCUGCUUCAGACACUGCAUGUGGCCCCCAGAAGCCGAGCUGUAAUUGUCAAGAAGGUUGAAGCCGAGACUAGUGUCACACCAAGUUGGUAUGUUGCCAUUCUGCCGUCGCAAAUGGACAUUUUGCCUCUGCAAGCAUGCCGAAAGCCUGUAUCCGAGGUGCCAAUGAACUUUCUCGUUCCUGGGCACUCGUGCGUCAGAUGGGAGAUGAUCGUAGAAGACGGGUUCUCUUCUUCGGGAAAAGAUCCGACACCACUGGUACCUUUCGCGGCAGCAUUUCAGCGUCACUGGCAGGACGUGAACGCUAUGGUCUUCUUCCAUCAGAGCAACCUCCCUCAAUUGUCAUACAUUGCGGGCACGCUCACUGGCAAUCCGUCAAUAUGUGUCUUUGACGGCCUCGCGAAGUUCGGACUGUGCCCAAUCGUGUCGUCUAGCCACGGGCUGUAG